CGGCCGCGCCGCCCGCCCGGGCUGGGACUUUACUCCGCGGCAGCUGGAACCAGUCUCUGCUCCAUCAGCUGCCGCGACCGCCGGCGCCGGGGCUGAGCCACGAUGAGCGGCAGAGUCGGCGAUCUGAGCCCCAAACAGAAGGAGGCACUGGCCAAGUUUCGGGAGAAUGUCCAGGAUGUGCUGCCCACUCUGCCGAAUCCGGAUGACUAUUUUCUCCUGCGCUGGCUCCGAGCAAGAAGCUUCGACCUGCAUAAAUCAGAGGCCAUGCUCCGGAAGCAUGUGGAGUUCCGGAAGCAAAAGGACAUUGACAACAUCAUUAGCUGGCAGCCUCCAGAGGUGAUCAGGCAGUAUCUGUCAGGGGGCAUGUGUGGCUACGACCUGGAUGGCUGCCCGGUCUGGUACGACAUCAUUGGGCCUCUUGAUGCCAAGGGUCUGCUGUUCUCAGCCACCAAACAGGACCUGCUCAGGACCAAGAUGCGGGACUGUGAGCUGCUUCUGCAGGAGUGUGCCCGCCAGACCACAAAGCUGGGGAAGAAGAUCGAGACCAUCACCAUGAUUUACGACUGUGAGGGGCUUGGCCUUAAGCACCUCUGGAAGCCUGCCGUGGAAGCCUACGGAGAGUUUCUCUGCAUGUUUGAGGAAAAUUAUCCCGAGACACUGAAGCGUCUUUUUGUCGUUAAAGCGCCCAAGCUGUUUCCCGUGGCCUACAACCUCAUCAAACCCUUCCUGAGCGAGGACACUCGUAAGAAGAUCAUGGUCCUGGGAGCAAACUGGAAGGAGGUUUUACUGAAACAUAUCAGCCCUGACCAGGUGCCUGUGGAGUAUGGGGGCACCAUGACUGACCCCGAUGGCAACCCCAAGUGUAUAUCCAAGAUCAACUAUGGGGGCGACAUCCCCAAGAAGUAUUAUGUGCGGGACCAGGUGAAACAGCAGUAUGAACACAGCGUACAGAUUUCCCGCGGCUCCUCCCACCAAGUGGAGUACGAAAUCCUCUUCCCUGGCUGCGUCCUCAGGUGGCAGUUUAUGUCGGACGGGGCAGAUGUUGGUUUUGGGAUUUUCCUGAAGACCAAGAUGGGAGAGAGGCAGCGGGCAGGGGAGAUGACAGAGGUGCUGCCCAACCAGAGGUACAACUCCCACCUGGUCCCUGAAGAUGGGACCCUCACCUGCAGUGAUCCUGGCAUCUAUGUCCUGCGGUUUGACAACACCUACAGCUUCAUUCAUGCCAAGAAGGUCAGUUUCACUGUGGAGGUCCUGCUUCCAGACAAAGCCUCAGAAGAGAAGAUGCAACAACUGGGGUCAGGCACCCCAAAAUAACGCCUUCUCCUACAGCAGGCCCUGCCCCCUCAGUGUCUCCCGGUCAAUUUCUACCCCUUGUAGCAGUCAUUUUCCCACAACCCUGCAGCCCAAAAAUUUUGGGCUGGAGGAAAGACCUCAGGCUGGAUCUGGGGAGCUUUCAUUUCAGAAUCAGGAAGAGAAGCAGCUGGAGUGGGUCUCCUUGCCUCUCAAUUUGCUAAGGAGUCCCCAGGGGCUGGCCACUGUGAUAGGAUCUCUCAGUCCUGUAAAGUGUGCCAACUUCACCUGUCCAGUGACAGCUAAGAUACGAAGGGGGGGGUACCAUGGGGUGGCAGCAGGGAAGAAAUUAGCAAAAGAGUUAAAGAUUAAGUGUUAAGAUUCUAACACUUCAGGGAAGCCAGCUGCAGAGAAGGAACUUGUUCCCAAAUGAACACAUAAGUUUAGAUCAUAAUGAGGAGUAGCAAGGUAGCUGGUUGCUAGAGUUAUGGUGGGGCUCAGAGGCUCUUUCCAGCUUUUUAUUACUGAGGCUGGGGUAUCUCUUGGCUUUAACCAGGUCUCAGGAGGUGGCCUUGGGUCAACACAGAUCUUCCCACUCAGGGGUAGACAGGCAGGCCUCUCCCUUACCUUGAGAACUACAGCAAUUCCUGGGCUCCAUUGCCUGCCUCUUUAAUAACUAAUGAUUUUCAGUGACUCAGACCUUCCUGGGACUUUUGGUAUCCACCCACUGUUCUCCAACGUAAACAAAGCACAAGGGAAAUUACCUCUAGGGAUCAAAGCUCUGGGAAGGGCCAGAGGUUGGGGGUGGGAGUUGAGUCUUAAAACGAGGAGGGGGAGGUCUUCCAGUGCCCUUUUCAGUGCUACCUGCCUCUCACCAAGUAAUCCUACAUUUGAGCACCCCAGACAAAAAUGGUAAGUGGGAUCAAGACCUCGAUUUGAACUACUCAGAGAGGGUAUUUCCCAGGCUGAGUCUCCCACGGUGCCACCAACCGUGCUUCCUGACUGACCCGAGCAAGGCCUUGACACUCCCAUCUCUGUGGGAGGCAGACAAUGGAUGCAGUGGGCUCCUCGUGGCUAGCUAGGUCGGGAGGCUGCCUAGGCGGGAGGACAAAGGCAGGGCCAGCAUCUCGCAGAACCAGGGACUGGGGGCGGCCACGGACAGCCCUAGAAAAACCACGACACUUAAAGCGACCCCACACGCCCUGCCUACGAACCCCAGGUCCUGGACUGCACAGAACAUUGGAAAGGCAGCCCCAGACCUCGCGAGAACUCGUUUCUCUCAGAACCCAGGCCCUGGCCCAGCCUGGGACGCCCGUCUGACGAAGCUGGGGGAGCUCGGGGCAGGGGCAAGGCUAGCGCGGACCCGAAGGGGCCUAGGGCCGUGCCUAGGACAUCCCGGCCUUGAUUUACAACGCUGUUAGGAAAAUUAAACAAUGAAUAAAGCCA